CCUUGGAGCUCGCCAGCGCUUUGCAUCGAUGCGCAGUUGCCAUUCCGACGACAACUCGAGCAAGCCAGUCCACUUUCGCGCGAGUCGGCUUGAGCAUCGUCGUCCUCACGUAGCACCGCCUCCGUCGACACGGCAGCCCGCGCCGCCGAGCUCAAUUGACGCCAGCAACUGUCUCUAGGUCUUGCGACGACUCCCACAACCAACAUGGCGUCCCCCGCCGCCGCCCUCCGCUCUGGCCGCAAGUUCGCCGUCCAUCUCGCGGGCCAGCAGACCCGAUUCCUGUCUGAUGUUGCCAUCACAAGGACCGGCAAGCCAAUCCUUCGUGUUCAGGGUGGAAGAUCGGCCCUCGGAGGACAUACCGUUACCGUCUUCGGCGCUACAGGACAGCUAGGCAGAUAUAUUGUCAACCGACUUGCCCGGCAAGGAUGCCAGGUCGUCAUUCCUUACCGCGAGGAGAUGGCCAAGCGCCACCUCAAGGUUUCUGGCGAUCUCGGCCGCGUGCACUUCCUCGAGUUCGACAUUUACAAUACCAAGUCUAUCGAGGAGAGCGUUCGCCACUCCGACGCCGUCUAUAACUUGAUUGGCCGCAACUAUCCGACAAAGAACUACACUCUCGAGGAUGUGCACGUGGAGGGCACGGAGCGUAUUGUGGAAGCUGUUGCCAAGUAUGACGUCGACCGCUACAUCCAUGUCUCCUCAUACAACGCGGAUCCCAACUCCAACGUUGAAUUCUUCCGUACCAAGGGUGUCGCAGAGCAGGUCGCUCGCUCCAUCUUUCCCGAGACGACCAUCGUUCGCCCUGCUCCUAUUUUCGGCAUUGAGGACAACCUUCUCCUCAAGCUUGCCAGCGUAACUAACUUGUUCACCUCGAACAACAUGCAGGAGCGCUAUCGUCCUGUUCAUUCUAUCGACGUGGGUGAGGCUCUGGAGAAGCUGUUAUACGAUGAUAGCACAGCUGGCCAGACUUAUGAGCUGUUCGGUCCCAAGGAAUACUCGACAGCCGAGAUCGCUGAGCUGGUCAAUCGGGAAAUUUUCAAGAAGCGAAGGCACAUCAACGUCCCCAAGGCGAUGCUCAGACCAAUCGCUGCUGUUCUGAACAAGGUCCUCUGGUGGCCAAUUCUGUCUCCGGAGGAGCUCGACAAGGAGUUCGUCGAUCAGGUUGUUGAUAAGCACGCCAAGACUUUUGCCGACCUAGGCAUGAAGCCCGGCGAUAUCAGCAAUUACACGUACCAUUACCUGCAAGGAUUCCGUAGCCAAGCUCUGCUCGACCAGCCACCAGCGACGGAGAAGGAGAAAAGGGAAGACCGAAAGUAUUUCCAUGUUACCGAUGGAGCUCAAUAAGGGAAGAGGCGGUGCCACGAGGAAAUCAUCUGCGUCGUGCCAUGUAGCAUCAAGCCACCACGUACUGUACAUAUUUACUGCUCUAGACCACGGGAUUUCUUCUGUCGGACAAUCAUACAAAACACUAAACAUUCGCAUUUGGUCGUACUUGAUUCUCCCAACCCACAAACGCAUGUUGAAUGAGUUGCGUAUGCGAUCGUGAGUACCUCCGAAGUGCCACGCCACCAUAUCCACGACAUAUGGCGGUCGACGAAGCACGGCCUAUCAAUGUGUGUACGGAUGCGCGAUGAUGCUAAACAGCUCGAGUGUGCUGCGGGGCCCCUCCACAAGCGCACGCCCGAUCCGUCCCACUUGCGAUGAACUAUUUUCGAGCUUACAAG